AUGCUAUCAGGUUCUUGGCCUCUGAUCCCUGCUGCGGUGGUGCAUAACCGGGUUCACCUAGACGGGGACCCAACUGCACUAUCAGCACCAAGAGGCCAGCAAAGCUCACAGAUCCCAUUCCUGACCGCGUGUCCAGUCCCCAGCCUGGGAGAGGGCCCAGGAGCGAUUCUCCGCGCCGUGGACAGGAGCCUGGACGGCUCCACUCCGCCGCCUACAGCCUGGAAGCUGCCACUGCACCCCGGGAGGGUCGGGCUGCGAGGCGGACGGAGAUCCGUCCCGCGGGGAACCUCCGGCGCGAGGCGCUGGCAGCGGGGCGUGGUGUCUGAAGUAGGGUGCUUCCUGCCUUUAGCCCGGCCAGGGCGACUGGCUCGCGCGGCCGGGCUCAGGGACUCCCAGGUGGCCCCGCCCCGCCGCCCGCGCCCAGCUGGGUGCGUGCAGAGUCCCCGCCCCCCGUCCCCAAUCCCCACCCCGCGUGCCCUUAGGGGGGCACUCCCUCUGGGGCGGGAAGGUGGUCGGCGCGCCCCGGUUCCCGAGUGGCGGGGAGGUGACAGUGCCUCCUUCCCAUUUCCGCCGGCUGGCAGCGCUGCAGGGCGAGAGCAGGCGAGAAGCACUCGGUCCUCCCUCCGCCCGCCCGCCCGCCCGCCCGCGUCGGGGGCCGGCCCUGCUCGCCAGCGCCUUUUUCCCCCGCUCCGCGGCGCCGCUUCGCCACUCGGGCACCGCAAGGAGGGCAGGAGGCUGGAGCGCCCGCCGCCCGCCCGGCCGCCCGCCCGCCCGCCCGCGCGGAAGAUGGUCACCUCGGCCGGACAGCUCGCCUGGCUCGCGCUGGGUAUCGUGUUGGCUGUGUGCCAAGCCCUGGAAAACAGCACAUCCCCUCUCAGCGCAGAACCACCCGUGGCUGCAGCAGUGCUAUCACAUUUUAACGACUGUCCUGAUUCUCACACUCAGUUCUGCUUCCAUGGAACCUGCAGGUUUUUGGUGCAGGAGGACAAGCCAGCGUGUGUCUGCCAUUCUGGGUACGUCGGUGCACGCUGUGAACACGCAGAUCUCCUGGCCGUGGUGGCCGCCAGUCAGAAGAAGCAGGCCAUCACCGCCUUGGUGGUGGUCUCCGUCGUGGCCCUGGCUGUCCUCAUCAUCGCAUGUGUGCUGAUACACUGCUGCCAGGUCCGGAAGCACUGUGAGUGGUGCCGUGCUCUCAUCUGCAGGCAUGAGAAACCCAGCGCCCUGCUGAAGGGAAGAACCUCCUGCUGCCACUCAGAAACAGUGGUCUGAAGAGCCAGAGGACGAAUCGGCCAGGUAGACCAUGGCAGCCAAUGAAGCAAGGCCUUCUUUAGGAAAGCACCACCAGGAUGCCCAGGACGGGCCAGCAGACCUUUCCUCAGCUGCCCAUCCUCACCUUGCAGCAUUUCGUCUUGUGUGGGCCUUCAGAACUUUGUCAGAAUUCUGUCUGCUUGGGGUUAUCUGGUGUGCGCUAGAGAAGACAUCCACGGACCACAAUCUGAAGACUGGUAGAACAGGAACUGCGAAGGGGUGGCCUUCCUGUUAGCCUUCGUCAGGUGUGUCGGGCGGUAUCUGAGUUCGGGUGUGUGCAGUUGCCUCCUGCCAGCCGUGGAUCCAGGCUAUAUUUCUUCUUGAUAGGCCACCUCCCCACGAAAGAAUCCUGCCUAAUUCCAGAGAUUCUGUAGUUGUUGCUGUUUUGUCUCAUCUGUUUAUCAGUGUCGGAAGCAAAGAAGGAAAAAUGGCUUAUUGCUACAUGAAGUCAUUGAGUGUCGAAGGAGCCCUGUCCUCAGACCACCAGACCCUCAACAAACCUGACAUCUUCCAUGGACACGCGACGUUGAAGACCUCCCACGUUGUUGCCACCUUCAAAGACAAUUUCUUAUUUAUUAGAUGGAUAAUGGUUUUAUUUUUAAUCCUUUAAGUCAAUGUAAAAAGCACACACCCCUUCCGACAUAUACUCUGAUGAUGUAUGUGUUGCUGGCUGAAAACUUGGACUGAUUAGAAACGACUGGCUUGUUUAAGACAGCUAAGACUAGAGGCCAUGGGAAUGGAACCGAAAGGUGGUUCCGAUAGGAGCAGGGAUCAGAGCUUGGAGGUCAUGCCAUCAAAAACACAAAGCAAGUGAAUGCCCUGAUACAUUCUGCUAGAAAAAAACACAACGCAUACUCUACUGCUUGGUAACUAAAGGAUUAACUUCCUUGUGACCCAGCCUGGGCAUUAGCAGCCAGCCAUGGGCAUUUCAGGCUGAAUCUAUGAAAGGGGACCAAUUCUCUGUUUCCAUUUUGUUGCUUGGUUGGUUAUUGCUUUAUUUUUAAAGGAGAAAUUCAAGUUUCCUAUUUAUUUUUAAGUGUUAAGAGAACUAUUCCAGUGGGGUGUUUUUUUUUUUUCCUUUUCAUUCAUAAUGCUGGUUUUAUGAACAAAAACACUAACAAGCCGCUCACUUUUCCCUCAGAAGGAGUAGAAAUUGUUCUCCUGAGCACUUGAGAACACUCUAACCUGCUGGGCCAGCCUGUGGAAAGCAGUGGGUCCCUCCAAAUGAUCAGCUGGGAGUUCAACCUCCAGAACUUUCAUUAAAAGUUGGAAGCAGAAUGGCAGUGAAAUAAUAUAUAAAAUAUUUAUGUGAAGAAACUACUCACUAAUAUUUGAGAAGUGAAAGACUUCCACCUUGUAGCCCUUCUGUGUGUCUAAUUUAUCAUGCCUUGGAAGGGUAUUUGACAUGUCAAGUUGACUUUUACUGGAAAAUGUUGUCAUGCCCCUAAUUUGUCUUCCCUAAUCUAUUUCUAUGAAUUUCUAGUUUUUACAACUAAGGCUGUGAUUUCACCUGUGGCUUAGCUUUGGCAUUUAUUCAGUGGUGCCAAACCAGAAGUAUCAAAUGCAAAAAUUGGGUCUGUUCAGCCCCAGCCCCUAACAAUGCAGCUGACAUAGCUCCAGGUUUUUAAACUAUUAAAGAAAAUAGGUGCAAGUUUGGACACCUUAGGUCAAUCCUGUAGCAGCAGGUAUUUGAGCCGAGGCUUGGCUAAAGUCUCUUGCUCCGGUACCAAUCAGUUGACACUGGUUUUAGACACUAGUAUGCAGUCAGCUUUCUUAUCAGAGCCCCCUAAAGUCACAGAUUCUGCCUUAGGCCAGUGAAAGUGGAGGAGCAUCACUUGUUUUUAACUUGAAUUUAUCUUUUUUUCUUUAAGACAAUCUUUUCUGGCUUCAGAUGCCUACAGAGGUCUGACUGCUUUUAAGAGUGUAAAUUGAUAUGAAAAUGUGUUGUGGGGCUUUCUUCACCGCGUGGAUAGAAGAUCUGCAUCCACCUAAAAAUGUUAUCUGUAAUUGGCAUCCAAGAAACUUCGCAUAGGUGCAAGAAAAUCAAACUGGACAGAUGGUAGAAGCAAAGGUUCCCUGUGAGGACCCCAGAUUUAGUGUCUGCGAAUUCUUUGGUUCUGGGGUUCAGCUGCUUGCAGCUGUUGGGGUCCCUUCCCUUGUGUCUGUAUAUUCACUGAACCCAAAUGUUUGCCCUUUAGAAGUACCAUCUGGAUUAAUCCUUGCAGACCAGCAGGUCUGAAGCUGGGUUGAGGUGGACUUGGUUGAAUCAUUGUCCAUGACUAAAGAUAUAAUAGCCUUAUUUUUUAUAAUUUCUCUUAUGGAAAUCAAAUGAAGACAAGCACUGGUUAUAAAAAUGCUCUUUUUAGGCUUAAAGUGCAUCUUGUAAUCCAUCUCUGCAAAAUCUGUGUUUCCUUGCCCUUUAGAUAAAGUGUUUCCUGAUUAGGGAACUGUUCCAGGGACCUGACCUGCUAAGCAGUGAGGCAGUGGAUAAUGUAACAAUUUCCAGAAUGUAAGUGUCCCACAAAAGACCCCAUUUGAAAAAUGACUUUUCAUGAAGACCUCUAAGCCUUUAAUAGGGCCUGCAUCUCUCCCCUGCCUUACAGGAUGUAACACUAAACAUACUGACAGGAAACUUUCUACAUAGAAUGAUGUAAGCAGCCAAAUGCAACCUGCAAGAUAGGGCCCAGCUAGAUACAUGUGAAAAAUCAGGGAGUGAGUUGAUCAUGUGUCCCAGCAGAAGUGGGUACAGUGGCCCUAAGAUCCUUUUUCCUGAGCAAGGACAAGGGAGGGAUUGACACUCACCCAUGCACAUGGAUGAGGGAGAAAGAUUUGUGAUUUUAGAACUUCUUGGGAAGAAAUGUUCUUUGCAAGUAUAAAAAACUUCCCAGUGUCUCCAAGCCAGUUUCUCAAAGCAUGUAAGCUAUUGGUGUUUUUCCAGGCAACUUGGCAAGGGAUAGACCAGCGAUGCUCUAACACUACUCAGGAGGCCUCAACUCCUUAGUAGGUUCUAGGCUUCCUGCUCACCCAGCAUGCUCAGCCAAGGGGAGAGAAAUGAUUGAAAACCCCAGGACCAGGGUACUUCACAAAAACAUGUGUUUGUUUUCAGUGUUUUAACGUAAGACGUGUUCUCUGUAGCCACUGAUCUUACCAAACUUUUUGAACGAUCUGGUAAUAUACAUGCGCGCGCGCACACACACACACACACACACGGAGUACUGAAAAGCAACCCCUCUUCCUACUGUAAUAACUUACCAAAAUGUUCAACUUUUCAUUACCUUUAUUAUAUAAACCUGAUGCUUUUUUUAGAACUUAUUACUCUGACUUCUGUAUAUGUUGCACUGAAGUUAAUAUUUAAUGUCUUAAUUUAUUUUGUGUGGUAAGUUAAUUUUGAUUUCUGUAAUGUGUUAAUGUGAUUAGCAGCUAUUUUCCUUAAUAUCUGAAUUAUACUUAAAGAAUAGUGAGCAAUAUAAGAUGCAGUCUUUUUCAGAAAUACGCGUUGCUGUUCAGUUGUACUGUACCUUGUUUGGAAGGAUGAAGGAAUGAAUUCUUUUUUUUCCUAAA